CCCGCACCUCCUUGGUCGCAACAUAGCUCACACCAGUUCAGCCACGUCUAUAGUCAUUGCAAUGGCAGAUGAUGUUGGGAUAAAGCAUACCUUUCCCCCGUCGAGACUCGGCGAGUAUACUGUCCUAGGCGACAUAGCGGAGGGGACGUUCGCUAAAGUGAAAAUGGCUGUUCAUACCGUCACGGGCCAUAAAGUCGCCAUGAAAUUUAUCCCGAAGCAAGUUAUCCAUGCGACGAGGACAAAGACGAGGGUGCAGAGGGAGGUGGAAUACAUGCGUGCCCUCAGACACCCGCAUAUCAUCAAAUUGUACGAAGUCAUCUCGACCCCAACGGACAUCAUCAUCGUCCUCGAAUAUGCUGGCGGUGAACUGUUCAACUACAUCGUGGCUCACGGGCGUAUGCCCGAACCUCAAGCUCGUCGAUUCUUCCAACAACUCACAUCUGGUAUUGAAUAUUCCCAUCGGUUGAAGAUUGUCCAUCGUGACCUCAAGCCCGAGAAUGUCCUCCUCGACGACGGACUCAACGUUAAGAUCGCUGAUUUUGGCCUCAGCAAUCAAAUCCAAGACGGAGACUUCCUCAAGACGAGCUGUGGAAGUCCGAAUUAUGCGGCGCCCGAAGUCAUCCGCGGAGGACUCUACACGGGGCCAGAGAUUGAUGUAUGGAGUGGUGGGGUCAUCUUAUAUGUGAUGCUCUGUGGUCGUUUGCCGUUUGAGGACGACGACGUACAAGCUUUGUUUACGAAGAUCAGUCAGGGCGUAUAUCAUAUGCCCAAUUAUUUGUCGUCCGACGCGCGCAACCUGAUAGCUGCCAUGCUGGAGGUGGAUCCUGUCAAACGCAUCACUAUUCCUGAAAUCAUUCAACAUCCUUUCUAUACGAAGGACUUGCCCCGUUACCUUACACCAUUACCACCUCCGCCUGGUCCAGUCCUCCCUACGCUUUCGUCGCUUGUUCAGCCUCCUACGAAGGCCCUCGACUUCGAGAUUAUCGAGGGCCUCGGCAGGAUCGAGGAGGAUGUAGUGGAUGAUCUCGCAAAUCGCUUGGAGGGCAUCGACAAAGACGAUGUUUGGGACUGCCUCAGACGGGACGAUGGUGUGCAGGGCAAUGCGGUCAAGGUCGCCUAUAUACUUCUCAGGGACAAGAAAAGGCUCGGAAGAGACUUGGCGGAGUUCGAGGAAGCGGAACGCGAUGCGCAGUUGGAGGCAAUGGAUCCGCGAUAUGCCAUCUCGCCGGGCGCGAUAUCACCAUUAGGUGGUACGGACUUGCAAGAGAAUCCAUUUGAUACAGAAUUCCAGGAUACAUAUGACGAGGAGGAGACCGACACCGACGAUGCUCUUGAUUUCUCCACUCCAGAUGAGGAGUCUGCAGAAGUUAACAACUUUGCAGUACUGAACUCGUCCUUGCCGGAACAGCUACCGGAACAGCAUCACCUUGCCUCGUAUGUUUCGGCUCGGCGUUCAGGUGCUCCACGGGAACGCGAGAAAAAGCAGCAUCGAACGAAGUGGCACUUCGGCAUUCGUAGUCGGAGUCCCCCAAUGGAGGUCAUGCUAGAGAUCUACAGAACGCUGAAAGCGUUAGGGAUGGAAUGGAAAGAAAAGAAGGAUCUCGGAGGACUCGGUGGUGUUGUCAAUGGAAAGGUACGGGACAAGGACGGCAAGAGGAAGCUAGAACGUGCAUAUGACUAUGAUGGCGGUGGAUUCGUGGACUUGAAGAAGGCAGCAAGUAUCUAUUUUGUGGAGACACGAGCACGCAUACAAGAUGUUGUUGUUCUGAUGAAUAUACAGUUGUAUAUGGUAGAUUCCAUCAACUAUCUCGUGGAUUUUCACCACAAGAAAUCAUACCGGGCCUCUACGGAGCCAGACGCGGGGAAAUUCGACAUGGCCAUGCCAGACACGAUUUCGGAAGCAGGGUCUGAAUCGGGACACGCUGAUCGGCAUGUCAACGUCGGAGAGGACGAGAUUGUUUCCCCAUAUAUCUUCAUGGACCUAGCAUGCAAGCUCAUCCUCGAGCUCGCGGGCGGAGGAGAGUAACCGCGUUCAUGCUGGGACAGUAUGUAUUCGUGUUUGCUUAUCCGUGGUGUUGUGUAUCAUUUAAAUGUAUUGUCU